AUGUCGACUUCUCUGACCCUUCCAUCUGCAGAAAUUAGAAAACAGUUACACACCUGCUCCUACCAGUUAUUACGGUCCCCAGAGGUGAAGAGCUUUCUCCUCCUCAAUAUGCACCUUCAAGUAGCUUGGUGCGUUCAUGCAAUUGAUGGUGAAAACCCAUCUGAAACAUGUAUUGAUGAACUUUUAUCAAAGCAAAGCUCACUUUUUGAUCAACUCUAUUAUUAUUUAGUGGUCUGCAUCAUUACUGCAGAGAUGUGGUGCUUGUUUAAGAAGUCAAAAUAUUCUUCGACAAGACUAGAGAGUUUGGGUUAUCUCCCACAGUCAGAUAUGGUUCAAAGUUCUGGAAACUAUGUGAACAACAGCUCAAUAUAUCAGGUCUUGCUUUGGGACACACACUCCUGCCUUGAAUUGCAAAAUAGGGGUGUUUGCAUGAUCUUAGCAGUUUUACUAAAUGAAACAGAAGAUGAAGAUGCAAAUGAAGAAUAUAUUGAAGACACAAACAGGGAUGCUGUCAUGAUUGCAGCUGCAAAGCUAGUGCUCGCUGAUACAGUAUCAAAGGAUUAUCUUGGUCCAGAGAUUGUUUCUCACUAUAUAUCUCAUGGAGCAAGUACAACAGAGAUAAUCAAACAUCUAAUUACUUCUCUAAAGAAAAACACAAACUUUGACAUGGGAGCUCUAUUUUUUGAGGCGCUGAAAAGGGCAUAUGAACGUUACAUGGCCCAUGUUCAUGACGGAGAAAACCUAAUCCUGACUGGCAAGUCUUAUUCAGAAUGCCAAGAUCUUGCUAGUCGCCUUGCAGGGUCCUAUGUUGGGGCCGCUUUCGCAUUAAAAAAACAAGUCAGAUAUCCUGAAGAUUAUCCAAGAUGUCUGGCAGAUGUAGAGAAGAGGACUCAAGAUACCAAUAUGGUUGGAGAUCAAGGUGCUUGGCGCCCAUUUUUUACAUUCGUAGAGCACCUACGUGAUAAACAUGCGAAGAAUGAGGUUUUGCAUGGAAGAGGAAAAACCUGUGAAGGCGUGACAGGGGCCGUCCAAGAAAGUGGCGAGGAGUCUAUCAGUGCAUCUGACCAUCAGGGUCACGGUGAAGAUGACGACAGCGACGGCGAUGCAGAUCAGCCCUUAAUCAACACGAUCAGGUCUUCCACCGUCAAGCUACGAUCCUUGAAGGUCUCUCAACAGGGAACAAGCAGCCACAAAGGGGUCCUGGCCCAUCAGGUAGCAAUAGCUGAGAGGAUGCAUGCAGUACCGCAGAUUGCUGGUGAUGAUUCCCAGACUUUGGACGACAAAUUCAAGCAGCACAGUGGGCUGGCACUAACAUCAGUUUGA